GUACAUUAAUGUAUUACAGGUCUACUGACGAAGCUGAGUGCACUUGUUUUGUCUGAGCCAUGAUGCUAAACGUGCUUGUCUUGAUUUUCAGUUUAUCCACGGCGUUCACCGCAGGCCAUCGCGUGGACAAGAUGGUGCGGGUACGCAGACAAGACAUCGACAUGGCACAAUAUCCAAAACCAGAAAUGUGCAACGCUGUGGCGAUGGACGACCGUAUCGAGUGCACAGCCCCCGAAUUAUACCUGAGCGAUGGAGCAUGCAAACACGUAGGCUGUUGCAUGAAUGGUUCUUUCACGGAUCGUCCGCAUUUAUGCUUCUUUCCACGAGACUAUCAACGGUACGUUUUCUACUUGUCUGGUACCAACGUGGACGACUUCAUCGAGACAGAACUAAACGCCUCCUUGUGGCUCAAGUUUCCCGGUAGAGCUGGGAAUGAACAUUUUCUCGAGCUUUCUGCAACGUACCCGUCGAGGGAUGUGGCUCACGUUGUGGUUGACGUUUCGCGGGACCCCCGGGACCAUAAUGUGACGUGGGUUCCACCGGUGCCCGUCCUGAGCCCUGGGGAGGCGUACAUCGAUCGUAUCUACAACGUGGAGCUGGUGAACGACGGCAGGUUCACCAUCACCAGGAAGGCCGAGGGAGGAGACGUCACGAAGGAAGUCCCAAUCUUCAAGACUGACUUCUCGCUCGUGACGUACCACAAGCAGCACAUUCAAAUUACGCUGCUCCUGCCGUCACGCCACGUCUACGGCCUUGGGGAACGUCUGACGCCUUUGCAGCUGCCCAUGGAAGGAUUCUAUUUGUAUAAUCAGGGCGUCGGACCCAACCAUGAUAGAAAAGGAAUAGGCAGUCACCCAAUGUACAUUUGCCUGGAGGAUGGUGGUACUGCGCACGGUGUUUAUCUUCACAACAGCAAUCCAAUGGAGGCGAUUGUUAGCCAAAAUCCAGCAGUGGCCUUCAGAGCCUAUGGAGGGAAGUUGGACUUUUACGUCUUCGCGGGCCCCACUAUUCAUGAUGUGAUCCGGCAGUACCUGGACCUUGUGGGAAGGCCAGCGAUGCCUCCGUACUGGGGCUUGGGCUACCAUCUGUCGAGCAGCGGAUAUAAAUCGAUCACCAACGUCGAGAACGUCUUAAAGAGGAACGUCGCUCAAGACAUAUUUGUGGAAGCAAUGUGGAACGACAUAGAGUACUUUAAAGAUAUGUUCGCCUUCACUCUCUCGGACUCGUUUGAAGGAAUUCGUGCAUUUCUGGAAAACUUGCACAAGGGCAAUCGACACUACGUCAUGAACUUCCCACCAUUUGUGCGGAAGCCUUUGAACGACACCAAAUCUUACAAACCUUACAGCCAAGGGGUCCACAUGGACAUAUUCGUGAAGAACGUUUCCACGGGGCUCAGCCGAUGCAAGAUUGCUAAUAACUACGUUGUCUACGUUGACUUCACAUCUGAAAAAGCGCUGGACUAUUGGGGUUCUCUACUGGCAGAAUUUCACGUACGGACACAAUUCGACGGUGUCUGGCUUACACACACCAGCCCAUGGUGCGACCGCGUGGACCCCGUGGAGUGUCUUCGAUACUCGCAUCUGGAAAUUCUUCCGAACUAUCCUCCUCGGGAGGAACCACACUAUAACACGCUGUGCAUGGAAGAUGUUUUCAAGAUUUCGAACCACUACAACGUUCAUAAUAUGUACCCAUACUACGCAGCCAUGGUCACAUACAAGGCAAUGGAGCAGAAAUUCGGGAAACGGCCUUUCGUCAUGGUAAGCUCUACGUUUGCUGGCCAGGGCAAGUGGUCAGGCCAUUGGACGGGCGAGUCACGCGCGACCUGGGAAAGCAUGCGGGAGUCUAUACCAAUGCUCCUGACGCUGAACCUACAGGGCAUGCCUUUUGUGGGCGCUGAUAUCUGCGGUACCACAGGAGACACAGCGGUUGAGCUGUGUUCGCGGUGGCACGCUUUGGGUGGCUUCUAUCCUUUCGCCAGGAACCAUAACGGCAAGGACUUUAUAGACCAAGACCCUGCAGCCCUGGGACCAAAAGUAGUUGGCGCCGCCAAGAGAAGCAUUCUCAGGCGCUACCAACUCUUGCCUUACCUGUAUACGCUCUUUUACCGACACACCGUGCAUGCCGAACCCGUCAUGAGGCCAUUGUUCUAUGAGUUUCCGCAAGACGAGAACACAUACGCCAUCGACACUCAGUUCAUGUGGGGGCCAGCUAUCUUAGUCUGCCCGAUACUGUAUUCUAGGAUGAAAACAAUCAGUGCUUACAUCCCACUGGGCAUAUGGUACGACUUUUACAACGGAACUACAAUGCUCGUAAACAAAGGACAGAACAAAACAAUCCGCGUCUCGUCUCUUGACAUCGUCCUUUACAUCCGAGGCGGAUAUAUCAUUCCAAAGCAACUACCUGCUAAAACUAUACACGAAAGCCGCACCGGCAAAUUUGAGCUGAUCGUUGCGCCUGAUGACAUCGGUGAAGCUAACGGGGAGCUGUAUUGGGAUGACGGUAUCUCACCGAAUACCUUCGAAAAGGGAAAAUACACCCUCUACGAAUUCAAAGUGUUAUACGACAGGCUCGUAGUAAAAAUUGUGAAGAGUGGAUAUAAUACGAAAUUGAGACUGGCGAAUAUCAGGGUCCUUGGUAUUCAGAUGGAUCCACGUGCAGUUUAUCUAAAUGACAAACCAGUCACCUACGCCUAUGACACGGAUCACAAAGUCCUAAGGAUUACCGUCGAUCUCAUUAUGGAUAAGCACUUCACAGUUUCCUGGAAACUGACGUAAGGGGAACGUCGGUUAUAACAGCACAAGGCUCCGUGUCUCAAGUUCUGCUCCUUGGAUACUGAGACAUCGGUGCUGAGACGGGAUAACAUUCUUAAAUAAAACCCAGUUAUUGUCUUCUUUCUCAAA